UACUCUAAUUAGUUUUCUGCGAGUUCUGCGCUAAAUAGUUUGUUUUGUGGAGGUCUCGAAUUGCGUUAGUUUUAUCGGUAAAAAUACAAAAACCAAUUAUUUCAAUUAUUUCAUAACUGUAAACAACCGACGCUACUUAAUCGUCAGAACGAUAUCCGAAUAAGAAAAUGGCGACCUCUCAAAUACAAAACAAAGCUUCCACCGGUACCGGUUGGCCACGAUCAAAUAAUGAUGAAAUGAUGAAACAACACGAAAAAUCCGUCAUGCUAAAUAAAGGCAGCUCUCAGUCAAUUACAAUUAAUCGGACGAUCAAUUUGUAUCCAUUGACAAAUUACACCUUCGGUACCAAGGAACCAUUAUUCGAGAAAGACCCGUCUGUGCCAGCCAGGUUCCAACGCAUGAGAGAUGAAUUUGAUCGAAUUGGAAUGAGACGAUCGGUUGAAGGUGUACUCUUGGUACAUGAACAUGGAUUGCCACAUGUAUUGUUGCUGCAACUUGGAACAACAUUUUUUAAACUACCCGGUGGAGAAUUGAACGCUGGAGAGGACGAAGUUGAAGGAUUAAAACGCCUAUUGACAGAGACUUUAGGUAGACAAGACGGAGUCAAGCAAGAUUGGAUCGUCGAGGACACAAUUGGCAAUUGGUGGCGUCCGAAUUUCGAACCACCACAGUAUCCGUAUAUUCCACCACACAUCACCAAACCGAAGGAGCACAAGCGAAUGUUUUUGGUUCAGCUACACGAAAAGGCUCUGUUUGCCGUGCCAAAAAAUUACAAACUCGUAGCAGCGCCACUAUUUGAACUGUUUGACAAUUCCCAAGGAUAUGGACCGAUAAUAUCCUCAUUACCGCAAGCCUUGUGCAGAACAUUAAACAAUAAUCACGACGAUGGAAGCUGUAAUUCACGGAUGAGUGAAUAUAUCGCAGUUUCAUUAGAAAAACGAUUUUGUUGGAUGCAUUUUUAAAGAUUUAAUUUUACGUACAUGUAAAAUUGACACAGACGUAAAAUGGACUUAAUUCUCACGACAACAAAAAAUAUGGUUCGUAAAAAUGAGAAACGAAAUGAGAUGAACGAUUUUUCGAUUGCUAAAAUCAUCUUAAAAUACAGAAGAAAAUUGUACAUUAAUUAAGGUAGUUUCUUCUCAAUACAGUUAAGGUUUAAGUUAAAUGUGAGCCUCAGUAUCAAUAAAAAUAAAAUGAGAAUACUGUAGAGGU